AGAGCCCAACCAACGCCGACCUGCUGCCCCCCGCAUGGCACGACGGCGAGGACGACAACCGGGCGAGCGACAAGUACCAGGACGAUGCUGAGAAUCUCGAGAGGGACAAGGACGGGAUGGAGAGGAAGGCUGAUCUGAAAGGAGGCUUCAUCAAAGGGCAAUGGACGCGCGAGGAAGACGAGAAGGUCAUUCAAUACGUUGAGAAGUAUGGAACCAAGCAAUGGGCGAGGAUCGCUCAGGUUUUGCCGGGGAGGAAGGGGAAGCAGUGCAGGGAGCGAUGGCACAAUCAUCUGAACCCUGACAUCAACAAGCUCUCGUGGACUGUUGAAGAAGAUGCGAGGCUGAUCGAGGAGAUGGAAUAGCACGAUAAGGCGAAAAAUCUUGAAGAACGAGCUACCUCAGGCUGUCGUCUCUGCUGUCAAUGCCGCGGGAAUC